AUGACUAACAAAAAGAAGAUGAGUAACAGCGAAACGGGUGGCACCAGAUGUGUUUACGUCCUGUCCGACAUUGACGGGUUUAAAUAUAGACUUGUGAUGGAGGGGGAUGUGCGUUUGUUGACAACGUCGAAGUUAAAGCGAUAUUUGCAGAAUGCCACAGGCCUCAGCGCCCAGCAGCAAGAACUUUCUUUUAGAGGCAGAGUCAUGCAAGAUGGUGAGUGUGGAGGCGAUGUGGGCCUCGUGGACGGAGCGGUGUUGCAACUGCGUCACGUGAAAGGGAUGCGUCGUACCAAUAGUGGUGAUGGUCGUCGUGUGAACAGACUCCCUAGCAGUUCAAUGUCGAUGGGCGGUGUGGCGCAUCGUGGAAGAUCAUCGGUCGUUGAUGCCGCUUCAUGCGCCUCCCCAACCGCGGGGUUGUUAACGCCCCUUCAAGGCAGUCAUCCUCGCGAUGGCCAGAACGGUGGUGAGGCGUUUACGAGCCCACCGCCGAGGGAAAUGAAUUACCGCAGCAAACGCAUGGGACGCGAGGCUCACGCACUGGAAAUAGAAAAUGCUCGGCUAGAGGAGCGUUUGUUAGAGAUGGAGCGUCGGCUUGCCAAUGCCUCCUCGGACUGGCGAUUGCAGGAGGAAAUUGAGCAGUUGAAGGGCAUCAUUGCACAGUUAUUAAGAGAAAAGGAGGCGGUGGGGCGUUCUGCGGAGGAAAAAUGGCGAGCCAAAGAGGAGGAGCUCGUGAAGGAACUUGACCUCAUGCGGGAGGAGAGGCGGAGACUCCAUCGGGAGCAGACACUUUUUGAAGAGGAGCAAAGGGCGCUGGUGCGCAGCUUAGAGGAACAGGUUCGAUCUCAGCAACAGAGGCUUCUCGAGCAGGGGACGACGAUAACACAGCAAACUCGACAACGGCAGCCGGCGAUGAAUGUAGCUGAAAAGGUUGAAAAAAGUUUGAAACAACUCUCACUCGAGCUAAACAUUCCCCAACUACACCUAGAUGAUAAUGACACGUGCGUUUUACCGUUAGGGGAUGGAACAAAUAUUCUUGUCACGCUUGAUACCAUCACAGAGCGUCUGUUUAUGUAUGCUGUCAUUGCAAAUUCAUUACCUUCGAAUGCUGGAAAGCGACUAGAGUUGUUUGAGAUGUUGCUUGAGGGAGCUUUACUUGGCCGCGACAUGGCCACUGGUGGUGUUGGCGUUUGUUUACGCAAUGAACUCAUUAUUAUGAACGUAUGCGUUGACAUUGUGCAUGCGGAUGAAUACGCCUUGGCAAGCAUUGCCCGGCCGUUCAUGGAGUCGGUCCAGCACUGGUCAGAGGCGGUUAAAAAAAUGAUGCCGGAAAAGAAGAAUUGA